UAAAACAGACUCCACUGAGUAGCCCAGGCUACAGGAACAGUAGCUCAACAGCCAAGGUAUUCCUGGAAUCACUCCCGGGCCGGCGGGAAGGGUCUCUCUGGUCCUGGGGGAAGGCCGCCUUCCCCAAAGGAUUGCACGAGGGGCUGGAUCUUCAUGGCCUGCGGGAAAAUCCACCACCUGGGCGGACCAGGCCCCCUCUCGCUCUCGGCGACCAACAGCCAUAGGCUCCUCCAGUUCUCUGUUCGCUGCUGAGGGCCCAAACAGCGACCGCAGCCGGAACCCAACAUGCGAUUCCCGCGGCGCCGCGCUCCCAGGGCUACCGAGGCCGUGGGGUCUCCCCGAACUCCACGCAGGGGCGGCGGGGCGGGGCGCGAUGACGUCAAGAGCAGUGACGCGACGACGCAGCGCGACGCGGUGACGCACGCCCCUUUGUUGGCUCAGUAGCGGUAGCAGCGGCCGUGGAGGUGGCGCUGGGGACUGUUUUCUCUCGGAGGCCUGAGCGGAGCCGCGUCUGACUGAGGCGGGCGGCAAGCGGCCCCCUCGCUCCCUCCCUCCCUCCUCCGCGCCCUCCCCGCCGCCGCUAGCCGCCAACCGCCAACCGCCGCGCCCGGGGAGGAGCCGCGGCCCGCGGGGCCGGAGCCAGGCCUGCGUCCGGACAUCAGCCGGAGCCGGAGCGAGAGCCGGGGCCUCAGCGUCCCCGCCCUCUCCCCGCCUCAGGGCCAGCGUCCGCCGGGCCUCCGCGCGUCGCGCCAUGGACUCGGACGAGGGCUACAACUACGAGUUCGACGAGGACGAAGAGUGCAGCGAGGAGGACAGCGGCGCCGAGGAGGAGGAGGACGAGGACGACGAUGAGCCGGACGAUGAUAACCUGGAUCUGGGCGAGGUGGAGCUGGUGGAGCCGGGGCUGGGCGUCGGCGGGGAGCGGGACGGACUGCUGUGCGGGGAGACGGGCGGCGGCGGCGGCAGCGCUCUGGGGCCCGGAGGUGGCGGCGGCGGCGGUGGCGGCGGCGGCGGGCCGGGGCAUGAGCAGGAGGAGGAUUACCGCUACGAGGUGCUCACGGCCGAGCAGAUUCUGCAACACAUGGUGGAAUGUAUCCGGGAGGUCAACGAGGUCAUCCAGAAUCCAGCAACUAUCACAAGAAUACUCCUUAGCCACUUCAAUUGGGAUAAAGAGAAGCUAAUGGAAAGGUACUUUGAUGGAAACCUGGAGAAGCUCUUUGCUGAGUGUCAUGUAAUUAAUCCAAGUAAAAAGUCUCGAACACGCCAGAUGAAUACAAGGUCAUCAGCACAGGAUAUGCCUUGUCAGAUCUGCUACUUGAACUACCCUAACUCGUAUUUCACUGGCCUUGAAUGUGGACAUAAGUUUUGUAUGCAGUGCUGGAGUGAAUAUUUAACUACCAAAAUAAUGGAAGAAGGCAUGGGACAGACUAUUUCGUGUCCUGCUCAUGGUUGUGAUAUCUUAGUGGAUGACAACACAGUUAUGCGCCUGAUCACAGAUUCAAAAGUUAAAUUAAAGUAUCAGCAUUUAAUAACAAAUAGCUUUGUAGAGUGCAAUCGACUGUUAAAGUGGUGUCCUGCCCCAGACUGCCACCACGUUGUUAAAGUUCAAUAUCCUGAUGCUAAACCUGUUCGCUGCAAAUGUGGGCGCCAGUUUUGCUUUAACUGUGGAGAAAAUUGGCAUGACCCUGUUAAAUGUAAGUGGUUGAAGAAGUGGAUUAAAAAGUGUGAUGAUGACAGUGAAACCUCUAAUUGGAUUGCAGCCAACACAAAGGAAUGUCCCAAAUGCCAUGUCACAAUUGAGAAGGAUGGCGGUUGUAAUCACAUGGUCUGUCGUAACCAGAACUGUAAAGCAGAGUUUUGCUGGGUGUGUCUUGGCCCUUGGGAACCACAUGGAUCUGCCUGGUACAACUGUAACCGCUAUAAUGAGGAUGAUGCAAAGGCAGCAAGAGACGCACAGGAGAGAUCUAGGGCAGCCCUGCAGAGGUACCUGUUCUACUGUAAUCGCUAUAUGAACCACAUGCAGAGUCUCCGCUUUGAGCACAAACUAUAUGCUCAGGUGAAGCAGAAAAUGGAAGAGAUGCAACAGCACAACAUGUCCUGGAUUGAGGUGCAGUUCCUGAAGAAAGCAGUUGAUGUCCUCUGCCAGUGUCGUGCCACACUCAUGUACACUUAUGUCUUCGCUUUCUACCUCAAAAAGAAUAACCAGUCCAUUAUCUUUGAGAAUAACCAAGCAGAUCUAGAGAAUGCCACAGAGGUGCUCUCGGGUUACCUCGAACGAGAUAUUUCCCAAGACUCUCUGCAGGAUAUAAAGCAGAAAGUACAAGAUAAGUACAGAUACUGUGAGAGUCGACGAAGGGUUUUGUUACAGCAUGUGCAUGAAGGCUAUGAAAAAGAUCUGUGGGAGUACAUUGAGGACUGAGAAUGGCCCUGCAUAAAAUGAACUCUGAAAACUUUACCAUCUAGAGUGCUCAUGCAAUUAAAACAAACAAAACAAACACAAACAAGGAGGCACUAAGCCUAUUCUGACACCGCUGGUCUGUAGUACCAGAAUUCUGUUUUGUUAACGGAAAGUUUAAGUAAAUUAUAUUGUAAUAAAAAAAAAGGUAGAUAAACCAUUGUACAACAGUAUUCUAGGCCGCCAACAAAAGUGUGACAGACACACUAAAAGCCCUCCAACUUUAACUUGUAACGUAGCUUCAUUCUCCAAGCUGACUCCUUUUUUUCAUUUUCUUUUUCCUGAGUGUAGUACAGUUAAAAUUUAAAACUGCUCCUUGACACUGCUUUUCAUGUCCAAACCAGCCAUUUUGUUGUACUUUGGUAAAGGACCUCUCCCGUUUCUCCCCAACACCUACAGAUAUACCCACACACACAGACUGUCUCUCUCUCAUACACCAAGGUCAUGAGUGAAUAACGAUUAGUUCCUUGUAAAGAAAAUUCUUGGGGCGGGGAAGAGGGUAGGCAGAAAGAGGAAUUAAAAAAAAAAAAACAAAAAAAACUUUGUAUAUGACUUUUAAAACAAGAGGACAACACAGUAUUUUUCAAAAUUGUAUAUAGUGCAUAUGCAUGGACAAAGCAAGCGUGGCACGUGUUUGCAUAAUGUUUAAUUACAAAAAAUAUUUAUUCUUUAAAAAUCUUCAAGAUUAUGUCUAUUUGCUGUGCAUUUUCUUUCAGUUUGCUUCAUCUUUCCAGGGCUGAGGGUUGGGAUAAAAGGUGUGUUGGUUUAGCACCUCUGGAAGACCUAACUAGAGUUCUUUGAUUUCCCUUUCCUGAAAUUACUUUGCCCUCUCUGGUUUUGAUGUAUUUGUUGCUGGCCCUGGGUCUCAUGCCCAGAAUUGCCAGCUCCUGGUUGAGCACAGAGAGGUCAAGCUCUGACUAAAUGCCGUGGCCUGAUAAGGGCUGCAACAGGGAACUUUGUUGCUGCCAUUGAAGAAUGACCCAGUCUCCAACCUCAUCCCUCUCCGCAGCCUCAUACAUCUACGUAAGCCUUUGUGGGCCCGUGUCAUACACACAGCUGAAGGCUUCCUAGGCUUCCUGUCACAUCCAGAGGACACAUUUCAAAAAUUUGUCCCUUUAAUUGCUGCUUUGAGCCUUUUAAGAUUUUAGUUAUGGCUCUUCUCUCACCCCUUCUUUAUGUUAGGGUGUCAAAUAGGACGUUUUUGCUUUAAAUAUAAAUAUAAAUAAAUAGCCAUUCACUUAGAUUCAGAUUGUGAAUUAAAAAUGGCAGAUACUGAAAUUGCUUGUGUGUGUUGCUGUGGGUUCAGUUUGAAGGCAAACAUCCUAGAACUUGAUAUUCCCAUCUAGUACAUUUAAAUAGAAAUCUUUGCUUCUUUUCUAUUUGUCAACAGAUAGGAGAAUUAAUAAGGCGUUUUAGCUGUGAUGUCCAUUUUUAUGAAAUUUCUACUAAGAGCUAUGUUAAAAGUAAAGGAUGGUGGUGGUUUUAUUAACUAUGUAUCUGUUUAGGCCAUUCUGGCUGUGGUAUUUUUCAUCCCUAAAUCUGUCAGUUUUAUACAGGAGUACAGAGUGAACUAGGCAACUAGAUGAGGUCUUAAUACUAAAUACCACUUCUGGCUGAAGGACCUCUUUGUCUUCCUCUAAAUGUCUUGUGCCUAGGGAGUGUUUACCUUUUGUGAGGCAGCUUUGUCUGCUCUAGCACCGUACAUCUUACUACUCCAUUGGGAAGUAGUUUCACUUUCCUCUGGCCUUUUGCCUAAGUUAGGCUUUGCUAAAUCAACCCUACUUUUCCUUUUAGAAAAGGUUGUUACAUGAGAUGUACUUGCAACUGUUCUUUUCCCAUCAGAAAUCAGUGAAUGUUUGCUGAGUAUAUUAUGCUGCUUCCUUAAACCACUUGUCUAGGAUCAACUUUAUCUAUACCUUUGAUUCUCCCCUCCCUUGCCACCUCAGGUGCAAAUCUGAACUCAGUGUCUGCUUCUUCCUUAUUCUCUCUUCUCCUUCCUUUUCCCUGUCAAACAUUUGAUUUUAUUUUAAAUGACUGCAUCAAUCUUAAAAGACAUUUAUCAAAACUAAGGAUUUUUUUUUUUUAAGAAAGCUUGAAUAAGUUCCUUUCCUUGGUAACUUUGAAAAGCAGCCAGAGUUGCUAUCUAGAUAUAUGUGGCCCCCUUAAAAUGUUUUGUGUAUAUGUGGUGUUUUAAGAAAUAUCUUACAUGGUUAACUACAGUAUCUAGAUUUGAGUGUCAUAAAUCCUUUUUACACGCUCCCCCUUAAAAGAGGUAUCCAGAAACAGUGUGUGCACUUCAUAAUAACAGCCCCCACCCAUGGAAGAACAGUGCUUUUUAGAGCCGUUUUCUAGUUUCAGUGUUGGCAUAUUACCUGAGGGUACUGCAGUUGUGGGUGCAUUCCCUAAUAUGUAUGGAUCAAGAUGAAUUGGCCUUUUCCAGUUCAAGCUUUUAACAACUAUCUCCAUAUCUGACAGAACUCCCAUCAGUUAAUCACUUUCAUUGUCAGUAACUUCAGUGAACUCAGCUGGGAUAGGUCUUAAGCCAAAUGAUAUGAUGGCUUCCCUGUUUCACCUGUCUAAGUCUUUCUGUCAGAGGGCUCUAUUCAUGGUCAGCACCAGGGUCUCCCUUGUCUUUUUGAGGUUUUCUGAAAACUGCAUGCAUCAUUUGAACAAUUCAUUGAGCAGUAGAUGGACUUAAAUAAUUUACAAUAAAAUUGUUGAUCCAAAGCGCAGGACUACAAACCACAGUGGUAAAAUUGAGUAGCAUAUAUCAUCAGACUUUAAAUUCUAUGUAAUCCACUGCAACCCAGAUUGUAUGUGUUUUAUGUGUGUUUAAAUAAAUACAUUAAAUACACAUGUGUAUACAUACACACAAAUAUAGCAGAUCCAAGACUGACUGACUUGAUUUGAAAUGGUUGAAUCUGCAGUGUAAAAUGUGGAUCAGCCAUGAUUAGGAACUGAAAUUUAGCAUGAGAGAGAAAAGGACUUGAUGUACAAAAAUCCCGGUAUAGAGCACUUGGGGGAUGGGAGGGGGCGGGUUGGUGAGACAAUCAGAUCGGUAAAUUGAUUAAAUGCUCCUAACCCUGUAAUUUUGUGCGUAGAGCACACUGUGCUGUGGAAAUAACUGUUCUUAGAUUUUCAUUGUAACUGGACUGUUCAGGUUGCCCAGAGGGAAAGAACAUUCCUAAUUCUAAUAAAAUAAACUUUUAUUUUGUUAUUCCAUUAGUUACUUAUGUUUAUUUUUAUAUUAAGAAAAAGACAUUGGUGGCCUAAGAGUCACCUAUAUUAUGUGCCUUAUUCACUGUUCCUACUUAACAUAAAAUGUCAAGAUUUGGUUCAGUUUCUUUGCAGGGAACUGUGAAUGAGACUCUCCCCAAAAAUAAACUUGGUUAAUGAAGCCUUCAGAGCAUUUUCUGGAAGCUUUCCAAGUUCUGUGUCUUGAACAUUGAAUUUAGGUUGCUAUUUGUUUUAUAAGAGUGAUAUUAGAUGCCCAGUAGAUCUUUGUCAGUUUAUAGAGAUAAAAUAUUUAAAAGUCAUUCUCAAACUUGAAACUCCUUCACAUUACUUCCACUUGGUUCACUUUUAGAAGCUGAUAUCUCCUGCCAAAAUGAGGGGAGAGUUGUCUUAAAGAAGGUCCCAAGUUGAGAUCUUUGUCAUUAAUAUUCAAGGCAGUUUAAUAUUUAGGACAGUUUAAUUUGGUCUUAUUUGGACUUAUAAUUACCAGAGUUCAUUUAUCACUUAAUAUCUUCAGAACACUUUAACUUGUAUCAUUGUCUAAAAGAAAGAUAAGAUUACUCAACAAGAUUAAGCAACUUGUCCAAGAUUUCACAGUUUCUCCUAUCUCAAACUUAAGCUUUAUUCUUUCUGAGCAGCAUCAUGCUACCUCUUUGUAUCGUAUUUUGUUAAUCUGGUUUCAGAAUGGCAUUUGAUACGGAAAGGUGGUUCUUAUCUAAUCUGUAGUGUAGUUCUGAACCUAUCAAAGACUGUAUAAAUACCCGUUACUGUUCCUGUUAGAGGAAGGCUAUAUGCUACAUCUGAUCUUUAAUUUGCUCUUGCAGGAUUUGCAACUAAUGUGGCUCUCUGUUUUGCCUCAUCACAAAAAUCAGCCAUGGAUAGAAGAAUAACCCUUCCCAUCUUGGUGACUGGGACUGGCAUCAUGAGAAGACUAUCACACAUAGAGUUGAGAGUAGAGAGUUCAGCAUCAUUUGAUUUGAUAAACAGUGGCCAAGUAAUUUGCAGUUGUAGGUCUAAUUAUUUGUUAAAUGAAUUUCCAGUGUGAAACUUUUUGCAUUGUCCAUUGGAACUUGUUAGAGAAUUUGUUUUAUAACUGAAAAUGCACAGAAAAGCAUAUUUCCAUUUGUUUCUCAGCAUUUCUCCUGUGGAACCUGUGAAACUUUUCAGAAAAUAAGUAGUGAGAAUUAGGGGGGAGACCUUGACUCAUUUAGAAACAGGAAAAAGUGUGAACCCCUCAUAUUUUUUCAGAGUUCUUUGGGGAUAAAGUUGGUGUGUUUCUGGUUCAUUUUAAGGAAUUUGUUGCUCCACUUAAUUACCCAAGAUGAAAUAGCUAACUCGGAAAUGUUCAACUAGAAAUAAUCAAAUAAUGCCUACUGCAGGAGCAGAGGCAACUGUGGUUGAUCUUUUAGCAGUAGCUUUUAGAGUAGUGAAAAUAAUACGAGAUUCUUUUGAAAAACAAUUUUUAGACUAUGAUUAAACUAUAGAUAAUGUUUGUUUAGGGCCAUUUUCAGAGUGGAAGCCAAUUAGAAUAAGAAUCAGUCACACAUUGAUAACGUAGCAGCUCUAACAAUGCCAAAAGCACAACUUAUUACCACAGUAAUCCAUGGGUCUCAAGUGAUACCAACACAAGAGUCAAACUCAGAUGUCUACAAGAACCAGGUAAAUAUUUUAAUAGACUGCCCUGGGCUAAGAGGGCUCUGUGAGGAGCCUCUCAAUUUUGAAAUGUUGGUUAUUAAAAUAUUCUUAAAUGUGGGUCAGAGAAGAGCUGCACAUGGGCCUAUCGUUUUCCAACUUGUGUUGCAACUGGAAGUCAUUGUUCAUUUUACACAUUGAAAUCAGAGAUGCUUCAAAAGGACAAGCCAAAAAAAAAAACUACGCUUGAGUCCCACCCCAUAGAAAUUAUGAUUUAAUUGCUUUGGGUUGUGUCCUGAGCAGUAUUAAUUUUUAAAGCCACACCCAACUCUGACGCUUGUGCAGUGCCGUCUAAGACUCAUAGGCAAGGUUGAGUCCAUUGAUGUAGAUACUUACAUAGAUACCAAGAGGAGUACAGCUGAGCACUCUAUAGUUAGAUGGGACAAUAGGGCUUGUGGCAAAUUCACAGGCUCAGAAAAGGGCCAUGCUGUAUGCCCUAGCUGAGUGGCUUUUGUGGAAUGCUGCCUCCUAAGUGUCCAGUGUGAAGUGCCUGAUUUGUUAUUUUUGUUGUUACUGGUUUUUUGAUAAGUGGUACACCUUGGAGAAAAUAAAUUCACAAAACCAAAAGUACUGUAGAACUGACAACCUGAAUAGAAUAUUCACAUCAACUGGCACUACGUUUUCUUAGUAAGAAAAAGAACCCUGUCUGGAAGUAGAGUGAGCAAAGGAUGUUGGUUAAGCUAUCUGUUUCAAGUCAGUGCACAAUUUCAUUUAAUCAGUUAAAUUCAGAGCACUUGAAAGUCACAGGCUUCUUCUUGGCCAUUACUUUUUCAUUCUUUUGAUCAACUUGUAUGUUUUAAGACAGUGUAUUUUCUCUUAUUGUUAUUCUGAGUGUGGUUGGUGCAGUAGAAAGAAUAUCUGUAUUUCUCAGCCACAGUUUUACCUUUGUAAGAUGGGGAUACUGGUGGCUCAGACAGUAAAGAAUCUGCCUGCAAUGUAGGAGACCUGAGUUUGAUCCCUGGGUGGGGAAGAUCUCCUGGAGAAGGGAAUGGCAACCCAUUCCACUAUCUUGCCUGGAGAAUCCCAUGGACAGAGGCGCCUGGCAGGCUACAGUCCAUGGGGUUGCAGAGUCAGACAUGAGCAACUAACACGUUCGCUUUCAAUAGGAGCUAUAAUUUGAGUGCUUCUUGCCAGAUGUAUUUUAUAGGCAGCCCUAAAACAAAGUAGGCACUGCUGUCCUAUUUUAUGAGAAGAAAGGUGUCGAGAUUAGUAAUUCAAACUUUAAGCAUUUAUGGUGGUGUCGUGCUUGUCUGAUUCCAUGUGUUCAUUCCCUCGUAAUUUUUUUAUAGGAAUGUUGUGAGGAUCAAAGAAAAUCAAUGGGAAAACAAAGCCUAGUUACAACUAAUGAGCAUACUAGUACUAAUUGAGGCAAAAAAUAAGGAUGCAACAUUGUCUCAUAGACUCCCAAAGCAGGAUGAGAUUGGAUCCAGGAACUAGAAAGCCAUUUUGGACUCCUAAGACUGGCAUUGUCUGUAUAGUCUACAUCAUCCUAAAGGCUUCUGCUUUUCCUCUCCACUACCACCAUAGCUCUAGGUUUUACAUGUUAACUGUCCCAGACACAUGUAUAGAAAACCCAACAGACCCUUGGGACAUUAUGAUUGGUACAAAUGUGACUUUGCGGGGGCUUACCCCUGUGGAUGAAGAAGCAGAUCUUAGAGAUAAUGUUUUGCUGGCUGUCCAUCACAAGUGUCCUCAACAACACCAAAAUGCCCUGAAAGUUUUCUUUUUAAAUAAAUGUAAAGAGUUUGUAUAUGAUAGAUACUCAUGUCUAACUUAUUUCGUGUUUACUAAAUGCUUUAUGUCCGUGUUUUUGAAACUCCAAAUCAUAUGAGAUAGUUACCAUCUCCAUUUUAUAAAUAAGAAGAUAGAAGCUCAAAGAAGGUGGGUUUUCUCUCUCAGGCCAUCUGUUUGUAAGUGGCCGAAUGAAGAUUGAAACCUAAGUUCCUUCAGUCAGCACCCGCAGUGUUGGGAACUGUUUUACCACAGUAAACAAAGCAGUCUGUCUGAAGCACUUAAUCCUGAUUCUAUGUAGAGAUUCCAUGGGUUGCUCAAAGUCACCUAGCCAGUUAAUGGCAGGUCUGCAGGCACAUUUUGACUACCAAAUUCACUUCAUCACUAGCUGCUUCCCAAACAACUUUGCCAAAAGUAAUUGCUAAAUUUAUACAGACUAGUUAAGGGACUUCCAUCCUCAGGAGACUCAAUGACCAAUUCUUUCUGACUUCUCUCUAUUCAAAACAUAUCUUUUUGUUGUUAACCUCAGAUACUCUAAGAAGGACUCAAAGUAUGCCGUUUUCUCUCGUUUCAGAGCCACCCUGACAUUUUAAUGAGAGUUUAAAAGCAAACCUCUUAUUUCCCAACCUUCUCCAGAAAGCACAUGUCUUACCUAUUUUGAGCUGAUGAUGUGGCUUCUUAUGCACAAAGUACCAUUUCCUGAUUUGAUGUCUUAUUUAGCUCCAGUAUAUCCCUCCUCAGGGUUCCACCUAUCUAAAAGUUUGGUAUUUGCUUUUCAAGCUGCCUGCUUUUGGCCAUGGAAUAUUCAAGUUUCUUUCAGAGUGGGAAUUUGGAAGGUGAUUAUAGAGAAUUCUCUAUGGUAGAUCGUUAAUUGUCUGGAAAGCUAUCUAGGCUGAAAACUUGCUUCUAUAGAGUUUAGAUUUCUUUCUGAUGGUUAAAAUUGUUUUCUGUAUGCUUAACACCAAAGCAGUGCCCGAGAAACUACGUCAGUGCAUGUCCAAUGACAAUUUCUUGGAAUUGUGAAUCAGGAUCUGAUUCUCUGUAAUCAAUUGGCCAAAUGGGGUUCCUAAGGAAUGAGGAAGAGAACACACAGUCUCAAGUUUUCUAAGGAACCCUAUCCGAAGACAUCACUACUUCCUGAGUUCCCCAACUUCCUCUUGUAGGGAGACUUGUAUGUGUACUCCCACCUGUGUAGGUCACGGCCUUUUCUCAGGGAGUGCCACAUAAAAUGAUUACCAGAAUUUAGGAACAUCUCUUGUGGAUCUACUUGGCAGUUAACAUUCUAAUAGAAUGCUUGAAAAUUGUAAGUUCUUGCACCUGCUCUCGAGUCAUUUAUAACCUAACCAACUGGUCUUCCUGAUAUGAACAGAGUUGUUUGCUUGUUAAUAAAUUCCUACCGUAUGAUCCUGA